AUGUCGGGCCUUGAGAUUCUUGGAGCGAUUGCGAGCUCUAUCGCUCUGGUGCAAGCCGUCCAAGGGACGCUCAAAGCUAUCGACUUUCUACGCCAAAACUCUGAUAUGAAGGGGGAAUGCAACAAACUGAGGAAAGAAAUACUCAUGAUCGACUGCUUCAUCAUGCAGGCCAGAGAACAGACAGAUCCCAUGAUACCAGCGCAACGUCUCAUUGGAUCUCCAGAACAUCCACUAGUCUCCUUGACAACACAGGAGCUCGAAGAAAUAUCAGAGGAGCUUAAUGAGAUUGUAGAGAAGUACUCACGCUCUCGCAAAGUCCACGACCCGAAGAGAUACACGGACAAGGUCAGGUGGUUAUCAGAUGCAAGCAAGAUCGAGGAGCUUCGAGAACGGGCUCAGGCUACUAAGUCUAAUCUGCACAUGGCCAUCACGUUUAGGGUUUCUUCUAUGGUAGAUAGGGGAAAUGUGCGACAAGAAGUGUGA